CGGACCGAAUGAAGUGACAAGGGGGUACAACUGUACCCCCAGUUUGAAAAAUAAAAAAGAAAAAAAAAUUUAAAACCCGAAACACGGGAAACGGGGUAAGAGAACAGAAAAGAAAGAAAGAGAACAGCCUCACGCGAACAGGCGAACAGCGAACUCGCGAAGGAAGACUGUUGCCUGCCUGCCUCGCCGCCGCCCUGCUGUCAACCCACGUCGACGUCGUACCUCCGGCGCUCCCGUCCCUGCCUCCCAAGUGCCACCGGCCACCGCUGUUACGCCGAAAUGUCAAGUAGUUCAAGUUCAAAGAAGUCAAAAGGCGAGGAUAAACAACCCAAUUUUCAUGAAUUCUUGUUUAAAAGAAUGAAAUCCCAAGGAUCAUUUAAUGAAACCAUUGACUCACCUCCUUCUCCUUUAAGUUCCCCUCCAACUCAAGAUGUUAAUAUGGAAGUAGGUUGUUCAAGUGCUUGUGAUGAACCAUUGGAUGAUGAUUGGGUGUAUGAUGUUGAACUUCUUCCUCAUGACCCGGGAUUGAGAAAAAACAUAAUGGAUUAUCCCCAAAUGAAAGAAAUCCGGUUAGGAGAGCUUAUAUUCUUAAAAAAACCUUGCCAACCAAAAACACAUGUUUUCCCUCAAAAACAAGUAGGUGGUUUACGCCGUUUUAGUGUCAAUUGGUUCAAAAAAUGGGAUUGGCUUGAAUAUAGUGUUGAAUAUAGUGUUGAAAAAGAUGCCGCAUUUUUAUUCGAUUAUCCGAACGACAUGACGUUCGUAUUUUGUACCCCCAGUUUGAAACUCCUGGGUCCGCCACUGCUGAUAGAUGCUCUGAUAUAUUGCUAUGCUUUGAUUUAUUGA